AUGCCCCCACGGCGCAGAGACGAGGUCCUUGAGCAUCUAAAGACGUGCAAGAUAUUUCACUUUGCCGGCCAUGGGCAGUCUGAUCCAGCAGAUCCUUCGCGAAGCUGCUUGUUCCUCGAGGAUUGGGAGACAAAUCCGCUGACGGCGGGCACACUUCGUGAUCACAGGCUGCAAGACAACCCUCCCUUCUUCGCCUACCUUUCCGCCUGCUCAACCGGGGCCAAUGAGUCCGACAAAUUCGCCGAUGAGGGAGUCCAUCUUGCCCAAGCCUUCCAGCUCGCUGGGUUCCGGCAUGUCAUUGGCACGCUCUGGAGAGUAUCUGAUAGGCAUUCCGUUCAUGUGGCGAGGGUGCUGUACGAGACGAUGCAGCAUGAAGGCCUGACAGACCAGGCCGUCUGCAGUGGUCUCCACCGUGCUGUCAGGGCGCUUCGGGAAGGGCGGAUUGAGAUGGAAUGGCGAGACAUGAAUACUGCUCUACCGAGACGAGCCGCUGAUAUUAGGGAUAUUGUUGGUUGCGAUGAGGAUACCAAGCCACUUUACUGGGUUCCCUAUGUUCAUUUUGGCGUAUAA